AUGGGACAACCACAGCAACAAACUGCGCCGUCAGGAGGCUCCAGAAAAAUUUCAUUCAAUGUCUCUGACCAGUACGACAUUCAGGAUGUCAUUGGGGAGGGUGCUUAUGGCGUCGUCUGCUCUGCCCUGCACAAGCCAUCUGGUCAGAAAGUGGCAAUCAAGAAGAUCACGCCUUUUGAUCAUUCCAUGUUCUGCCUGCGCACGCUACGAGAAAUGAAGCUGCUACGAUACUUCAACCACGAGAACAUCAUCUCCAUUCUUGACAUCCAGAAGCCACGAAAUUACGAGUCUUUCUCUGAGGUCUAUCUCAUUCAGGAACUCAUGGAAACAGACAUGCACCGCGUGAUUAGAACCCAAGAUCUCUCCGACGAUCACUGCCAGUAUUUCAUCUAUCAGACUCUCCGCGCUCUCAAGGCCAUGCACUCUGCGAACGUUCUACAUCGAGACCUGAAGCCAUCAAAUCUGUUACUCAAUGCCAACUGCGAUCUCAAAGUCUGCGACUUCGGCUUGGCUAGAUCUGCAGCUUCGACCGACGACAAUUCAGGGUUCAUGACCGAAUAUGUUGCAACAAGAUGGUACCGUGCUCCAGAAAUCAUGCUCACCUUCAAGGAAUACACGAAGGCCAUUGACGUAUGGAGCGUUGGGUGUAUUCUUGCAGAGAUGUUGAGUGGCAAGCCCCUGUUCCCUGGCAAAGACUAUCACCAUCAGCUCACCCUCAUCUUGGAUGUCCUCGGCACCCCAACAAUGGAGGACUAUUAUGGCAUCAAGUCCCGACGUGCACGCGAAUACAUUCGUUCCUUGCCCUUCAAGAAGAAGAUUCCCUUAAAAGCGCUCUUUCCCAAGACUUCUGAUCUGGCACUGGACCUGCUGGAGAAGCUGCUAGCGUUUAAUCCGGUCAAGCGCAUUACUGUUGAAGACGCCCUCAAGCAUCCGUAUCUCGAACCAUAUCACGACCCUGACGAUGAGCCAACCGCCGAGCCUAUUCCAGAAGAGUUCUUCGAUUUCGAUAGAAAUAAGGACCAGCUCAGUAAGGAGGAAUUGAAGGCGUUGAUUUGGAAUGAGAUCAUGCGAUGA